AUGUCCCUUGAACCAGGCGGGCCCAGGUCGAUCUCGCCUGAGAGCUCGAUUCGCGAUUCCCCAAACCCACCGCGACAAUGGAGGAAUCAACUCAGCGCCGAGGACGACCAGCCAAACCAAGAUAAAGCCUACCGGAAAUACGCUGCAGGCGUCGACCGAGCACUCACACUGUUCGAAACUGCGCUGCAGGAAUGGGCCGACUACAUCUCUUUCCUAAACAGACUCCUCAAAGCACUCCAAGCUCGGAACCAAAGCAUACACACCGUCCCUGCCAAGGCAACAGUUGCCAAACGCCUGUCGCAAUGCCUCAACCCUUCCCUUCCGUCGGGCGUCCACCAAAAGGCCCUUGAAGUUUACAACUACGUCUUUACGAUCAUCGGAAAGGAUGGUCUUUCGCGAGACCUCCCACUAUACCUGACCGGACUUGCGCCCACCUUGUCCUUUGCCUCCCUAUCCGUGCGGACGCCGUUCUUGGACCUCCUCGAGCGUCAUUUCCUCGACCUAGACUCUCGGUCUCUUCGCCCUGCCAUGAAAUCCAUCAUACUCGCCCUGCUGCCAGGAUUGGAAGAGGAGACUGCGGAGGACUUUGAUCGAACACUGAAGCUCGUGGAGAGUUUCAAGAAAGCCAUACGACCAAAAGAGUCGCAAGAAAUCACGCCUAUACACUCGGCUGGAGAUGACUACUUCUGGCAGUGCUUCUUCUUGGCGGCCAUCACAGGCCAAAGUCGUCGUCCUGGGGCUCUUGCUUACCUCGUGCGGAGCUUGCCCAAGCUGGGUCAUUCACUGACGCCAGAGCCACGGGACGCAGACAAUUCGAUACAGAAUGAGGAGCUCGAGCUGUCCUCAAAACUGGCCCAAUUAGUGACCACGCCAGAACCCGGACUACUAUUACGAUGUUUCGCCGCGGGGCUCGCCGAUGAGCAACUGCUCAUUCAGAGAGGUUUUCUAGAUCUGCUGGUGACUCACCUGCCUCUACACUCAAAGGUUCUCCAGAAGCGAGUGAAGUCGGGUGAUUUGGAGCUGCUCCUUAAAGCUGCCGCGGGAGUGGUUACCAGGCGAGAGAUGAGUCUGAACAGGAGGCUCUGGACAUGGCUCCUAGGCCCAGAACCCCAGGCUGGUGAAGCCGAGAACGGACCAGAAUCCCCCAGCUCUCCGUCGGCACAUCACAACGGACUCCUAUCGACCAGGACAAGCUACUUCGAGGAGUAUGGACUCGAGCCACUUAUAAAGUCAUUGUUGGCUUUGAUCAAAGACGCCCCGGAGACUACUGCAGCUGAGAAGGCCCGUCCAUACCGCAUUUGCCUAUCACUCAUGGACAGAUGGGAAAUUGGUGGUCUUGUUGUGCCAGAGAUCUUCCUGCCAAUCGUGGACAGUGUCAGAAAUUUCAAGAAUCAAACCUCGAGCGAAUUGGGCUUUUCUGAAGUCCUGCGUAGUGCUAGCACUUUCUUCGACGGUGUGGAAAGUGGGUUGAUUUAUGGCGAGAUACUGGGUCAAAUGGCCCAAGCAAUCGGCCCCGGAGAUUCUACCACAUCGGAGCGGUCAGACAAACUUGCGCUGGUCCAAUUCAUAAUCAAACACUUCAACAUCAGGGAGGAAGAAAUGGUUACAGUUCAUGCUCCACUGACUGCCCUCGCGAUCUUUUGCAUGAUAGAGGACGCGAAAAGAAGAGAAGCAACAGUGACUUCGUCUUCGGAAAAUGAUGACCUGGUCACCACGGCGCUUGGUAUUGUGGCCGACCUGCUGGAUAUUGUGCCUGAACGGGCGUUCCCGUCCAAGUCAGAAGGCACGUCUUCAGACUCGACGUCACUAGCGAAAUCGCAAAACUUAGAUGUUUUGCUGAAGAUUCGAGAUUUCUACAUCCACGAGCAGGGUAAUUUGGACGUUUCAAAACCACCAUUAACCCGCCGUGAUGUAGGGGAGCUUCUACUGCAAAAGUCUUGCAGCUUGGGAUGCGAGAGUUUGAUGCGGAAAGAAUCAGCAGCAGACCUCAGUGUUAAGUGCCGCAUAUUGAUGAUGCUGGUCUCAAAGACGCCGCAAGACUCUCCAUUCGAUAAUGCUCGUCUACUUGCAGCCCUUCAUACCUGCGCCUCGGAAGAGGGGUCAUUGCGUCUGCAGGACAACCCUUCUACCUCAGAUAGGAGAGCCCCAAAAACUCCUUAUGGAGAUCUUUCGGCCUUCCCGAGACUUGCUGGAAUAGACAAUUACGAGAUCAUGCUGACCCGCCCGCUGUUUCUGAUGCUCGACGCAUUUUCCGAGGAAAAGACUCAGCUGUUCAUGGCGGUCAAAACGUGGCUGAAUACUCUAGUUGGUGUUGACAAGAUAUUCUACAUCUUCACUUCACAGUUCUUGCAAUUGGAGUUUCUGCGAAGCGCCCCUGUUGACGCUGGCACAUCCCACACGAGGAAGGACUUCACUGAGAACGACGACCUUGACCUCUGUUUAUACUAUUUGAGGACCAUCUCGAACGUUUUCCGUUGGGCGCCUGACGCAAUCUGGAGUGUACUUGCCACCAGAACCAUCUCUGCUGAUGAUUUCCCUGGCUUGUCAGAAAUCACCGAUACUCAAGACGACGUGACUCUUCAAUUCUUUUUGUUGCAGGUCUGCCUGAGGUGCAUCUCACAUUACAACAUAUCCGGGGAAAGUGAGAUAAAAGUCCGAGUCACACAGCUUAUUCGAAGUGCCCUGGUGGUACUCCACCAGAUCCUCCUCAGUCCCUAUGCUGCGCCUCUGGCACGAUUGCAUCUAGAAGACGUCUUAAUCGAGCGGCUUUCUCAGUCUCUGGACUGCCCAGAUCCUUAUGCCCAGGUCCUUCUUCUAGAUGUCGUCUUCGCUUCUCUGAAACUUCGAGAGAUGCUUGCUACCGAGCCUCCACCUUCGCCGACCGCGGAGAAACGCAAGCCAAUUGGUGAGAUCGGAAACCACCGCGUAUCCGUGUCUGCAGACAAAACAUCUCGACUUCCUCCCCCGCCACCAGCACUACUCAAAUGUCUACAAGCCGGUCUGUCUUCGCCAAGUAGUCGGCCAGUAUUGGACAGCUGGAUCAGCUUUCUUACCGAAUGCUUGCCAUACUAUGCCGACACCAUAUUUCAGGUGCUGAUUCCGCUCGUUGGGACGUUGUGCGAUCAGAUCGGUGACACGUUUACUAGCUUGCAGCAGAUGUUCAAGGGCCGUGAGCAGGACUGGAAAGAUCACACUGAUGCACCAGAAACGACAUUGAUCUCUUUCUUGAAUGGGCUGGAGCAUGUUUUAGCCAGGAGCCAUGAUAGCUUAUUGCUGGAAGAGGCCCGUACUCAGGUGGUUAAGAGCCCGGACCAGCCACAAGGUUUCUUUGGGAACAUGGUGUCCGGCGUCUUUUCGACCGAGUCCCUGCACUCUAGGAGUGCUACGGCGAAUGAUAGGUUGACCGUGUUGUUGGCUUUUCAGGACGCCGUGAGAAUUUGCUUCAGAAUCUGGUCUUGGGGCCAAGGGGGUGACGCGACAGCACAGGCCACGAGUUCUAUGGCUUCUUUCAAGUACACCUCUCUGCGUAUGAGGAACCGCGCCCGCAGACUACUUGAACAUUUGUUCGCUGCGGAAACGCUAGAAUGUUUAGAGACGGUCAUCGACAUAUGGCGCAAGUCUUUGGACGAUUUUGCGUCACAGCCCCAUGUCGAAGUCUUCAACCUUCUCCCUGCUCUUGACGGCUCACGACCAAAACACACUAUACCGGCGAUAUUCAACUCUAUCUACAGCCGGACCAAUCCGACGGCGCUCGAUCCAACACGAAAAUCGAAUCUUACGUUGGACCUCCAGGACACCGACAUUGUCAUUUUCUUGGUGGACUACGCUAGAUCUCUUGAGGACGAUGCUAUGGACGAGAUUUGGCAGGAUUGCAUCACAUUCCUCAAAGAUUUGUUGACGAAUCCAUUUCCACAUCGCCAGACACUGCCAAGUCUUCUCGAGUUUGCUGCCAUCCUGGGGGUUAAGGUCGACAAUACAAACUUCGGAGAGCAACGCAAGAUGCGUCGGGAACUGGGGGACUUGUUUCUCAGAUUACUAACUGCGCUAUUCACGACGCGACCUGUGAAUUUCUCAGAUACCACCAAUGGGGCAUCCGAAAAGCCCAAGCGUCUCGAGGCUUCCGGACAAGCUACACCAAGCAGAAACCCUCAAGAACGUGCGGACGAUGUUGUGUCCAUACUGUCCUCAAUUGCUCCAGACCUUCCCAAAAUACUAGUCGAAAAUGAUCGCGUGCUAUCGGCUGCGACGUCCAUCUCCACCAGCGUGAUUGGACCGGCACUACGCGCGAAGACAUUCCCCGACACCUUUUCUAAGAGCACUUUGGUAUUAUUGCAGGAGCUCACGCGACUGCCAAACAAUCAGAAGACCUGGAAGAGGGACGUCACCGAUGCGUUCAACGAUCCUCGUUUCUUUGGGUCGAAUGUAGCAUUGGUUCAAAAUGACUGGCUACCUCUGCUCAAGCAGUGGACAGUCACGGACAAAGAUCGGUUACCAGAACUCCUCAGCCGAAUUACGGCGCCGACAACAGCAGGAAUAGUGUUCGGCGUAGGCGCAACCUCGGCAAGACUAGAGGCUGACCGAAAGACGCAACUGAAUCUCCGCCGCAUAGCCACACUGAUUUUGGCCGCAGCGGAAGACACGUUUGUUACAGAAUUGCCAAAUAUCUUAGACAAGCUUGUCGAAUUACUAGGAGCAACGGCUACUUCAUCCCCAUCAUCGACCACGCGGGCAGAGCUGUUCAUGGUUGUCCGCGCCCUCGUCCUCAAGACGAGCGCCAUACACCUGGCUCCUAUCUGGCCAGUGAUCAAUGCAGAGCUGCACGCCUCUGUGUCAUCCGUGGCGGCACCCGACCACAGUGCUGCCUCGGAAAUGUAUAACAACGGCUCGGUGCUGCAAGCAUGCAAGCUGUUGGACCUGCUCAUCUGUGUGGCCCCCGAUGACUUCCAACUUCACGAAUGGCUCUUCGUGACGGACACGAUUGAUGCAGUGUAUCGGCCAGUCAACUAUCAAGCGAUCGCGCUGGUGGAUGAGCUGUCCGAAGAAUUGGGGUCCGCUAUCGUGACACCACACCCACAAUCUGAAGAUACAGCAUUUUUGACAGCACAAGGCCCUCGCAAGCGGCCCCUACUAGGAGCUGGUGGUAUCAAGGACGAUGUCAACCUGGAGAGGAGGGAAGAGCUGAUUGCAAAGAUACUGAGACCGUUUUUCGCUCAACUCAGCAUUUUUGCUUUCGAGUCAACGUAUGCGAUGACUCCUAUGGACUGGGAGGGCUGUGUUCAAGGACUGCUGAAGGAUCUCUUCGAUGAGUCCACUAUUGUGAAGGCGCUGUGA